UCUAAUAACAAGAUGCUAAAUUCAUUUAACGUAGUCAUUAUAUUUUAUUUGGUUCUGCAACUAAAUUUCGGUGUCAAUGCCAAUGAUGAAGAAAUAGGAAAUGAUUGUAAACAACUCUUCGACAUUAUUUUUGUCAUCGACGGCUCCGACAGCAUUAACGCUGUCGACUUCGAAACACUACAAUUUGCCAUGGAGGGGUUGGUAGAUCGUCUAAACAUUGGAUACGACAACGGACGGAUGGGAAUGGUCGUCUACAGCACAGACAUAGCCCUGGAGGUCCCGCUAUCGUCGAAUAAAGACUACUUGAAAUUUCAAGCCAAAACGAUGCCUCACCCCCGGGAUGGAACAUACACACAACUUGGUAUAAAGAAAAUGAGGACACUAUUUAUGAAGAACACACGGCUAGAUGUUCCGAUGGUGGGUAUUGUUGUGACGGACGGUAUUUCUAUAGAUCCAGCAAGUACUGCUCGCGAGGCAGCUCUGGCCAAGGAGUACGGAAUAAACAUGUAUUCAGUGGGUGUUACUAACCUAACUGACAUUGUUGAACUGCAGGCCAUUGCAUCCAGGCCAACACAAGUUCUUACUGUUGAAUCUUUUGAUGUGUUGGCGAGCAACCUGGAAGCUGUUGUAAAGCUUGUUUGUCCAACAACAACAACUACAACGACAACAUCAACAACGACUACAACAACGACAACUACACCAACGACUACAACAACACCAACAACGACGACAACAACACCAACAACGACUACAACAACACCAACAACGACUACAACACCGACAACUACUACAACACCAACAACGACGACAACAACACCAACAACGACGACAACACCGACAACUACUACAACACCAACAACAACGACGACAACACCGACAACUACUACAACACCGACAACUACUACAACACCAACAACAACGACGACAACACCGACAACUACUACAACACCAACAACGACUACAACACCAACAACAACGACAACACCGACAACUACUACAACACCAACAACAACGACUACAACACCAACAACAACGACGACAACACCGACAACUACUACAACACCAACAACGACUACAACACCAACAACGACAACACCGACAACAACGACGACAACACCGACAACUACAACAACACCGACUACGACAAUGCAUACGACAACUACAACAACACCAAUGCCACACGUAACACCUGGACCCGAUCCACACAUUUGUAAUUUUUGUGAAAUGAAGGAAGGAGUCGGAUUUAAUCGCCAUCCAGAGGACUGUGAUAAAUAUGUGAAGUGUUACUUUGGUUACGAUGGUAAAGUUCGAGCGGUUUACAAACAGUGUCCAUUUGGAAUGUUUUGGGAUCAGGGAAGCACCAUGUGUAGAAUGGCGUGGGAAGUGUCUUGUCCAAAAGAUAAAUGUUCCAUACCGAGUAUGCUUUCAUACCCAUUUGGCAAUAUGGAGAAUUGCAAAGUCCACUGGAUAUGUAGUAAUGGUAAAUCAGUCCCAAUGUGCUGCUCAGAAGGGUACGGGUAUGUUCCUUUCAAAGGAUGCAUACCACAGCCCGGAUGUAAAGAUUCUUGUCUACUACAAGAGAAGCAAGGGUGCAACAAACGAAUGAUUUGGGACCAACUUGACAAGUAUGAAGAAUUUGUCUACGGGUAUGGAUGGGUGAAGAAAUGUUGUAGACCUGGUCACAUUUAUGAUAGCGAUAAUUGUAAAUGUCUACCACUGAAAAAUGAUGACAACCAAAGACUGGACGAAAAGAAAGACAAAGUAUGCAAAGCAGUCGUGCACAUACCAUUCGACAACAGUUGUUUGGAUACAUCUGGUAACAAUGUUUUCGUUGAGAACGACAACAUCCAACUUGUUGGAAAUGGUUUGGGUUACUUUGACGGAAAUGCAAAGUUAGUCAUCCCAAGAUUUCCCAAGAUGCAAUCAGCUUCUACGUUUGUGAUAAAGAUUCGUUAUUUAGACUUACCAAGUAAACACAUGCAGGGUCUUGUAAGCAACGGGGAUUGCAAAACAGAGCGACCAACCAUGUUUAUGAUCAAAGGUCAAGCAGGCGUGAACUUCAUGGCAGAGAGCGAGUCGAAUAAAUUUACAACUUUUCAUUUACCUGCCAAGCCGAUUUGCUGGAACGAAGCUUAUUUCAUCAACGACUUCGAUACUCUAGAGGGGUAUGUUAAUGGCAAGAGUUGCAAGAGGUGGACUUACGGAGCAAUUAAAAUGGCGCAUGGGGGACUUAAUAUAGGAGCUGUUCAUGGGUUUCAAAAUUUCUACGGAUUUAUGGACUAUGUCACAAUUUACUACUGUCAGGAAGAGAAGAAGUACAGAUGAAACCCAUAUUAACGAAAUCCACAAGCAAAACUGUGAUACCAACAUUAAUCCAUGAUACUAUAAUGUAAUGUCUACAUAGCCAUUAUGUGGCCGUUAUUUUAUUAAUGUUAAUUUAUUUUAUACAUAUUUCUUUAAUGUUGAUUUAAUUUUGAAUUGAACAUUAUAUAUACAAAAGGAAGUGCAAAGAUCAGGGUUUUCAAACCAAAGGUUGAUCUGAUUGUUAAAAAUAUUUCAGGUGAAAUAAUCAUGAUAUGUAACAGUUUUUGGUCACAUUAUAAAUGCUAAUACCAAGGUGACAACAUUGGUUACCAUUUGUCUUCGUUCUUUAUGUUUCUGUAAUGUCCUGUUCAUUGCCUGUUACAAAUUAUUUCUCCGAAAAAUGUUCAACACUAUCCAAUUUGAUCGAUGUAUGAUCUUGAUUUCUUUAAUUAAAACAUGUCAUACUC